UUUUUAUCUGUUCAUAACUUGGGUCGUUUUAAGGGGAAAAACAGAAGUGUAAAAAUCAGAGACAAAUUGAGCUAAUUUCUCUCAUUAAGUCUUCAAUUUCGCAUCAAAGAAUUUGAAAUUUUAUUUUUUCUGUAAAUUUCCAUGGAAGUAUUAAGAUAGGCCAAAAUGUUUGUGACUUUGAGCUUCAACGUGAAAAUAGUGUAAAUAAAUGAGGGGGGGAAAGAAAAACUUUCUACUAAAAUUACCAUAAUAAAUUACUUCUAAUUGCAUCCUCUAGACCAAGACAACAAUAAUUAAUCAAUUACAAUUCAUAUUAUUUAUUUAUUAUUAUUACAGCCAAAAAUACAAAUCGGACCUGCCCGCUUGUGUUCCAGAUCAAAGUCCCGAUCUUUCUCAAAAACCCACCCAUCUUCCUCCGGUGUCCUUUUCUCGGUGCCGAUCACUUCUCCCGUCGACUCUUCUCCGGCGAAGCCCAAUCUCGUAACCAUCCUGAUUUCCACUCUGUCUUCGUCUACCAGGUGAGACAUUUGUCAAAAUGUCUGGGCAAAACCAGCGCUUGAAUGUCGUUCCUACUGUUACUAUGCUUGGAGUUAUGAAAGCUCGCCUGAUAGGUGCAACAAGGGGCCAUGCAUUGCUGAAGAAGAAAAGUGAUGCUUUAACUGUUCAGUUCCGACAGAUUCUGAAGAAAAUUGUGUCCACAAAGGAGUCCAUGGGUGAAAUUCUGAAAAGUUCCUAUUUCACUUUGACGGAAGCCAAGUAUGCAGCUGGUGACAACAUCAAGCACGUGGUUCUCGAAAAUGUUCAGAGUGCCUCUGUUAGAGUUAGAUCACAGCAAAACAACAUUGCUGGUGUGAAGCUCCCCGUGUUUAAGCAUUACACUGAUGGAGAAACGAAAAAUGACCUGACUGGGUUGGGAAGGGGUGGACAACAGGUGCAGGCUUGCCGUAAUGCGUAUGUCAAAGCUAUUGAAGUGCUUGUUGAGCUUGCGUCACUCCAGACUUCAUUCUUGACUCUCGAUGAGGCAAUCAAGACGACGAAUCGUAGGGUUAAUGCUCUGGAGAAUGUUGUGAAGCCACGUAUAGAGAACACAAUAAGUUACAUUAAGGGAGAGCUUGACGAGUUAGAAAGAGAGGAUUUCUUUAGGCUGAAGAAGAUACAGGGUUACAAGAAGAAAGAGAUCGAGAGACAGGUUGCAGCUGCCAAGGCAUAUGCGCAGGAAAAAGUUGCUGAGGAGAUUGCUUUGAAGGAAGGUGUUUCAUUUGAAACAGCCAACAACAUGUUAACCCAAGGUUCGCAGAAAGACGAGGACAUCAUUUUCUGAUAUGGAGGUCCAUUUAGUUCUUGCAAUUAUAUGAUGCCUGCUUCUUUUGUUUUAAUGUUUGUUCGAUGAGCUAGGGAUUAGUUAUUAUUGUUCAACAAGCUACACUUAGUAUUUUGAAUAAGAGCUUGCUGAUGUUUGUAUUUAUUAAAUUUCUGAAUUGGAUCCAGGCUCUAUAUGCUGUAAACUAAGAGAGCUUUGUCUGUCUCAAUUUCUACCCGGUUUAAGCUUUCCAUUUGUUCAUCGUGACGAUUGUAAAAUGAAAUGUCAAUGGCAGUUUCGUUCUUUUUCCAUAUUCCCCUUGUGCUCUUCUUGUUAUGAAGCAUUUCUCUAGGUUUUCA